AUGAUGCUACUUGACAAAAACAAGGACAUCGACAAGGAUGAGGACGAUGAAGAUACCAAUGAUGGAGCGAGGUUCAACUCCAAAUCAAGUAUGAAUAGACUUGGCUAUCAAUCAAUUGUGGAGUUGAUCAUUGGUUGUUGUGGAGAUCAUAAUAGGGCAUUUGGUGAUGGCACGACAACUAUUGUUGUGAUGAUUGGUGCCAUGUGUCAGAGUGCCUACAAUCUGAUUGUUGAGCGAUCAAUACAUCCAUCAGUGGUGGCCAGAGCAUUCAAACAUGCGAUGAGUAGUGCACUCACCAUGUUGGAUACUAUGGCCAUUAGUAUCGAUGCUGCCAAUGAUGUGACAUUGGAGGACCUUGGAGAGUGUGCGCUCAACUCUAAAUCGAUCGCAUAUUGGAAGAAGCCCUUAACACGCCUGUGCAUUGACGCUGUGCAAUGGUUGGCCGCAAGCAGGUUGGCACGUCGUGGCAACAACACCAAGGAACAACAGACACAAGUGGAGCUACUACCAUUCCUUCGCAAACAAAGUGUGGACCAUCAGAGAUGGAUUGGCAUUGUGAGAGUGGAGGGCGGACAACUGUCGGAUACGAGAUUGAUCAGAGGCGUGGUCCUGAGACGAUUCCUCUCGAGUGAUGCCAUGCCCAAAGUGCUCAACGAUGUGCGCGUGGCGGUGGUGUCGUUCCCCUUGGAGAUACCGACCCCGACUACCAAGCACACCCUACACCUGUCGUCGCCAGAGGAGAUGCAGUCUAUGCUCGCCUACAUUCAAGACUAUGCCGCCAAGGUUGUAUCUUGUCUAAAGGCCCUCGACGUCAAGCUUGUUGUGUGUCAAUGGGGCAUCGACCCAUCUGUCAACGAGUCUCUGGCCAAAGAGGGCAUAUCAGCAUUAUCAUGGGUCAGUGGCGAGGAGCUGGAACGCGUGGCAUUGGCAUGUGGCGCCACAAUCAGCUCAUCACUCGAACGUCUGGUACCGACUCACAUUGGACAUGUUACAGAGAUGCACGAGAAGAUCAUUGGCAACGAUAAUGCCAGGUAUACAUUCUUAGAGGGCUGCGAUCACAUUCAGAGCGCCAUUCAGACAAUGUUGAUACGUGGUGGCUCUGAGCAGAUGUGUCGCGAUGCAGAGGAGUGCGCCAGGGACUGUCUAAGUGUACUGGCCAACAGUCUGGACAAUCCCAAGAUACUGGUCGGUGGUGGAGUGACCGAGCUCCAACUGUACACCAAACUACUCAAACAACAGCAACAUCCAUCAUCGAACGAGUUGAUGCACGACAUGGCAAUGAAAGGUUGGAUCACAUCAUUAUUAUCGAUACCAACGACAUUGAUCGAGAAUGCAGGGUUGGACAUUGGCAAUAAUGGACUAUUAUGGACAUUGAUCAAACGGUAUGAAGAAGAUGACAAGUGUAGUCUUGGUGCCAACUCCUCUUAUGGGAUGUCAUUGGAACAACAGGAAUUGAUUGUGGACCUAUCCAAACAACGUGUAUUUGAACUAUUGGAUCAGAAGAAGUCCAUCCUACAGCUAGCCACCGAGGCAGCAUGUAUGAUAAUGCAGAUUGAUUCAUUCCUGAUCGUUUGA